AUGAAGAUGUUCAAAGUAGGACCAAUUGGGAAAAAAGAUUCGAAGGAUAAGAGUUGGACCGAGAAGGAAUACACCAACAUCUCUAAUAUAUAUAUUUAUUUCGACGACUACGGCAUAAACUCUAUUCAAUUUAGCUUUUCUCAUAAGGGGACUCAAGUACUGUCCCAAAAGUACGGUUUGUUCACAGGUCAUUACUUCCAAAUCGUGAGACUAGAAAAAGAUGAAUAUUUGACGGCGUUGAGCGGAGAUUGUAAUAUGAGUAUCACGUCUUUGACAUUUCACACUAACAAGAGGAAACACGGACCGUUUUGUAAGAGAUCUGGUUCUCUCAAAAGCUCGAAGAUGGAAAUUGAUGUGGGGAUAAGUGAUCGUAGUGAGUUUGGCGGUCUUUUUGGGACUUUCUCCGAUUAUGGUGGAGAUGGAGGCGAUUUGAUAUCCAUUGGCAUGUAUGUCUUGCUCCCCAAGUUAUCUCCAAUACCUAGAACUAUAAUCACCCAUAACCGAACACUUGGUUAUCAAAGCCCCAAGAUCGUCGAUGGUUUUCCUGUCAAGCCCAACCGCCGUUAUAAGCCCAAACUCAAAGACCGGAUACUCUCCAUGUUGGGUAAAGCUCUUCGGUUUCUUACUAACCUUUGA